AUGUCCAACCAAAUCGCGUCUCCCGUCGUAAACGCCUCUGGCAAAACGCGGCUCCAGGAAUCGCUCGAAAGAGCGAAGCGCGGAGAAGGACCUAGUGUCGGGCAAUGGCUCGAGUUUCCCGGAUACACGCUCGCGAGGACGAUUGCGCCAUUGGGACAGGACUGGGUUCUCAUUGACUGCGAGCAUGGAAACAUUUCGGAUAACGACAUGUAUUUACAAGUUGGCGCCAUUUCGUCGUCUGGCUGCUCCCCAAUCGUGAGGAUAGCAGGCAGUGAACCAUGGAUGAUGAAGAGGGUCCUGGAUGCUGGUGCACAUGGUAUCAUGGUGCCAAUGUGUGAGACAAAGGAACAAGCGGAAGCCAUAGUUAAAGCCUGCAAAUACCCAUCCAACCGAUGGGCACAGGGGGUUCGGGGUGUAGGCGCCAUGUUUGCAUCGGCAGCUUUCAACCAGACCAUGGGGCAAUACACGCUCAGCGCCAAUGACAAUGUCAUGAUCUGUGUGCAGAUUGAGUCACGAAAGGCCUUCGAGAAUGUGGAAGAGAUCGCAAACGUCGAUGGAAUCGAUAUGCUCUUUAUUGGACCAAACGACCUGGCUUCAUCCAUGGGCUAUGCUGGCCUUGACCACUCCAAGGUCCCCGAGGUACAGGAUGCCACUGCGCAAAUUCUCAAGGCAACUUUGGAUGCAGGGAAAUAUGCUGGUCAUUUUGCCCUGAGUGCUGAUGUUGCGGCACAGCGAUAUGACCAAGGAUUCCACUUCGUGAACUGUGGUGCUGAUAUCGUGGCGAUUCAAGCCUGGAUGUGCACUGAGAUGUCAAAACUUCAAAGUCUUGUAGCAAAGUCGAAACAGUCUGAUACGGCUGAGAAAGGACAAGAUGUGAGAGUCGCUAAUGGCUAUAAAUAA